AUGAUGGCGAGCGCAUUGGCUUCACUUUUUCAUCUUCGUUCAUUUUGCUCUAGCCGGUUGUUGUUUGGUUUCCGAAACUUGAAACAGAUCAGUCGACUAAACUCGUCGCUCUCUGGAGAUGAAGCUGCAUUUGAAAAUGAAGAAUUUGACAUGCAGGAACUUCAAAGUGCACUAAAAAGACAAAAGAAAGCAAUCCUGUAUCAAAGAAUGAAGAGACAGAUGGAGCCUGCUGGCCCUCCAGAGAGGAGCCUCACUUGGAAAGCAAUAGAACAGAUCAGGUAUUUAAAUCAAGAGUCUCCUGAAGAGUGGACAGUAACACGAUUAGCUGAAGGCUUUAAUGUCAGUACUGAUAUUAUUAAAAGAGUUCUGCGGUCAAAGUUUUUGCCAUCUGAGAAACGGAAAUUAAAACAGGAUGCCAACGCUUCUAAGCUUUUAGCACAAAUUCCUCAAGGUGUGACAACAGACAAAGUAUACCCUGCACUGGCAGCUAAAGAACCGCCACAACCGCUUCUGCCAUCACCAAGAAAUGAGAAACUGCAUCAGAGCACCCAAAACACCCAACUUAUUCCAGCUGUUCAAAAAACACAAAAUGCCAAGAAGGAUACAGCUGUAAUGUUGAGGGCACAUGAUGCACUGGCAAAGAAAAACAACCAAACCCUACAUCCAAAACAAAAUAAGCCAGGAUGUGAACCUCACCUGCCUGUCUUGACAGGGAACUCGAAUGUUAAACAGAUAUCAGAUACCAAAGAAAAACUGAUAACUGAUGACGAAUGGGAUGGAGAAGUGCUUCGUGAUAGUGAACUGGAAGAUUUGUCAGAAAAUGGACUUAAAAAUACAAUGAAAGUUGUGCAAAAAGGAAGGGAGUUUUAUGAUGCUGAUGGCAAUUUUCUCUACAGGAUCUGACCAUUUUGGAUGUCAAAUAUAUAAUUUUGUACCAAUCAUUGUUGGAGGUUACAUAUUGUCUUGAGAAUAAAGCCAUUUCUCCAACAUAGGUGUGUCCGGUCCACGGCGUCAUCCUUACUUGUGGGAUAUUCUC